UCAUUGCGGGAUAACAGCGGCAGCAUUUUUGUGCUGGACGUGAGAACACCUCAGGAGUACAAUGCAGGGCAUGUGCCUCAGGCCUUGAACAUUGCUCUGGAUGGCCUGUCAGAUGCAGUGAGGAAUGGAUGUUUAGAAAGUGUGAAGGCGCGCACCAUAGCAGUGAUCUGCGCUUCUGGAGGCCGUUCAGCUCAGGCCACAGUGAGGCUGUCCCGGGUCUUUGGGUUCAGCGAUGUUGUCAAUGUCGUUGGCGGAACCAGCAAGUGGAUAGAAGCCGGCUAUCCAAUUGAUCGC